UGUUCCCAAGAGUGGAAAAUUCCAAUUCGCAGUACCGCUGUGGAUUUGGCGGUCGCUACAGCUGCACACGACAGAAGAAGAAGUGGAACGUGGCCUGCUGCAAGCGUCAGCGGGAAAGGUUCCAGAAUCCAGCUGCGUCGAGGCCACAGCACCGACGGAAAGGGCCUGCUGCAAGCGCCAGUAGGAAGGUUCCGAAAAGUGAGGCUGCGACGAGGCAUCCCGAGACGAAGAGUGUUGCGCUUAAGCAAGUGCGAUACCCCGACCAGAGGUGUUUUGAGAAGAAAAGUGUUGCGCUUAAGGGUAAGUGCGAAAUCCCGAUCAGACGUGUUUCUUGCUGCACGCGCAGAAGAGACCCGAGGAAGAAGUGUUCAGUAAGCUCAGCUGAAGUCCGCUGCGUCUGUCGUGUCGCCAAGAGCGCGAUCACGGCGAAGCAUCAACAUCCUGAGAAGAUGAACCCCGCCGGACAACCGAAGUCCGCGAAGAGCUUGGCCAACAAGCGACGCCAGCUCAAGUUGAAGAUCCUGCUACUCCAAGACCGACUUUCCACCCUCGAAGAAGACCAGCAAUUACCAUCCAUGCCGGAGUUCCGGGUGUUCGCGAAGAACAUCGAGCGAUUCUACGGUGAGUUCGAUCGAGUGCUGCGAGAAAUUGAGGAGUGCGACAGUUUCGCCGAUGAGCGAGACGCUCACGACUUGGAGUGUGCGGCGAUUGAGGGGCUACUCCAAGGAGUCAACAACAAGAUUGUAGCCCUCAGUCACACAUUGCUGUCCCAGCCCAUCCAAGUCACUGAACAGCAACAAUUCCAGCCACUAGCAGUCUCGCAGCAGGUCGCCAUCCCAACUCCGCAUGGUGGAGGCGAGUGUACCGGUGACGGCGAUAUUCCAGAGAAAGCCGACCCAGCUGUAGCAGGCCUCAAGGUAUGUGCCCCAUUUCAACCCAUCUCGAGCCCAUCCAUCGCAAUCACAGAGCGUGGCGACCCGUUGUGCACGCGGUGCAACGGUUGCCACUUGAGUACCGACUGCUUUAUACCCACUGAAGUACCGCUCGGUCAGAGUCACGAGACGAACUCCAACCUGGAAGCCAACCAAAGCAUGCCAGAAAGAUCCCCCCAAACAGAGAAACCCUCUGCAGAGCAUCAAGAGAUGAAAUCACCCGCCGAACCUGAAGUGGUUCUACACGAAGCCUCGACAAGAGUUCGAGGUGACGUCGACAUGUCCGGCGAUUCGGGCGUAACUCCUACGCUGCGGUCAGAAGAGCGGAUCCACGGUGACCUCGACGUUGGCUGGUGUCAGCCAGUGGAACUUGGUUCACUGCUACCAGCCGACGCAGAACGAGAAGACGCCGAGUCCGAUGACCCGCAAGGUGUUCCAAGCCCGGAGACAGCUAGACUGUUCGACGAAGAACCCGAUAUCACCACGAACCAGGCAGAGAAUGACGAGGAAGCUCGGUCACUGAAGCCAGCCGUAGCCGACGACCUGUACUUCGAGGAACGACCGCUUCCAAGCAGUACACAGUCAAUUUGCACUGUACCAGCCGUCCAAGAGGAUGCAGCGAAGAAGCCAAGCCACGAGAGAGAGACGUACAGCUGCCAGCUGUUCAACGCCAACGUCACACGAUCAACCGACCGUGAUCGUGCAGCCAGAAAGCUCACAGAGCAGCUGCUGCAACCCGCAAACUACACCAGCAACGAGAAGCAGUUACGCCUUGUUUGGGACCCUGGUGUGUAGCCGAGCUCUGCAUCCCGCUCCACCAAUCAACCGAUUCAAGAACAUCACCAGAGGGCAGCUAGUAGCAGACGAACUUGCUCAUCUGAGCGAAUCCAAGUACCUGAUCCAACCGAACUCCAGCGAGACGAGAAGUGUAAGAACCGAUUCACUUCCGGUGCGAUUGACUUUAGAAGUCACGGGACUUCAACCCGGGGGGAGAAUGUUCGGCCCAAACCGAAAUGUUGCCCCAAAGUUGUGCAACUUUGCCCAGUGUGCGCCACCCCACCCCUGCAGCGUUGACAGAAACGGUGCUGCCAACUUUGACAGCCGAAAACAACGGCGCGACGACGAGUUCGCGCGAAAACGACCGAACGUACGAGGAGAAGACAGCAGCGAAACGGCGUGCAAAGGCAAGUCGCAAAGAGGAAAGCGAAGCGUGAAGAUCGAUGUUGUAAAUAGUGAUCGGAAAUAGAGAAAGUUUUGAAGAGAAAGGUUAACUUUGACGUGUUUGACUUGUCCGAAAAGUGGUCUAAGAAUCUCCGGUGAGUGUUACAGUCCGCUCAAUCGAAACCGUCCACCUCGCCCAAAUAAC